AUGGCACUGCGCGUUCUUACCUUCUGCUCGCUCCUCCUCCCACUGGCCACAGCUUUCCACCAGGUCUUGCUCGAACAGCGUUCAGCCGUACCGCAAGGCUUUCGUUCUCUCGGCCCAGCGCCCUCCGCCGUAGACGUUACCCUCCGCUUCGGCCUGGCGCCAAACAACAUUGAGGGCCUGCAGGCGAAACUCUUGAGUAUAUCGACACCAAACGACGAGAAUUUCAGAAAGUGGUUGUCGGCUGAUGAAGUCAAGUCCUACGCCCAGCCGUCAUCACAGUCCCUUGCGGCAUUCGAAUCAUUCCUCUCUACCCACGGUCUUACUACUUCAAACAUAUCGCCCAACGGCGACUGGGCAUCGAUUACACUCCCCAUCGCACAAGCCAAUUCCCUCUUUGCCGCCAACUUCCACUCCUUCACACAUCCAGACCUGCCCGCGCCUAUUAUCCGUACCCUGAGCGUUUCGCUGCCCGCGGAACUAGUCGGCCACGUCGAAGUUAUUCACCCAACGACCCAGUUCGCGGUUCCUAAGCCGAAACAACGUCUGCCAUCGUUUGUUCCGGUGAACAAGCAGAGUCAAUCACGGGUUAUCAAGAGGGGGGCUCAGGCUGUUGAUCCCAGCUGCGACGCUUCCAUUCCGACUGGUGUCAUUACGCCCAAAUGCUUGCAAGAUUUGUAUGGCAUUCCCAUUGCGCCAGCAACACAGCAAGGAAACAGUAUUUUGGUCCCAGGAUAUGAAGACCAAUGGGCCCAGGAUGCCGAUGUUGCGCAAUUCCUUGCGUUGGUGCGCCCCGACAUUCCCUCAAACACCACGUUCACUCUUCAGACUACGGCGGGUGGUACCAAUCCACAAGGCCCUGAUUUUGCGAGGGGAGAGGCGGAUAUGGACGUCGAGUAUACUAUUGGUAUCGCGACCGGAAUACCAACAAUCUUCCUUUCUGUCGGCGGUAUCUUCAACGACACAGCUUUAGUCGACACUAUCACCUUCCUGGAGGGUGUGCCUGACAACAAGCUUCCUACCGUCAUGUCGACUUCAUAUGCUCAAAGCGAAACCGAUUUCGGGAGAAGUUUGGCUACUCGUAUUUGCAAUGGUUAUAUGGCGCUGGGCGCUCGUGGCAUGUCGGUCAUUUUCGGUUCAGGUGAUGCUGGGGUUCGCGGUAACCACGUCGGUCGCGCUGCCUGUGCCAACAACACAUUCGAAGCCACUUUUCCUGCGUCCUGCCCCUUCGUCACAACCGUCGGCGGCACGAUCGGUCUCCCGCCGAACGAGAAGGCGAUUAAUUUCACUGGUGGGGGGUUUUCCAAUUACUUCUCUGCUCCGUCAUAUCAGACGGCGCAGGUAGCUGCAUUCCUCGAUACCGUGCCGGCCGACUUUGGCGGGACCUUCAACCGGAGCGGGCGAGGCUACCCGGACGUGGCGCUGCAAGCAUGGAACUAUCAAGUUGUUGUCGCGGGCGAGCCCGAUACAAGCGGCGGAACGAGUGCUUCCACACCGGCUUUUGCGGGAAUGAUUGCGCUCCUGAACGACCAGCUCCUUGCGAAAGGCAAACCCGUACUGGGCUUUCUCAAUCCGUGGUUAUAUGCCAAUCAGAAGACAUUUGGGGAUGUCACAACAGGCCACAACUCGGGGUUUUUCUGUGACCCUGAAACGACACCAGCGUUUGACGCGAUUGCCGGCUGGGAUGCACUUACUGGUCUGGGGACGCCCCAGUACAACAGCUUAUUGUCUGCCGCAUUAGCCCAGAGCUAG